CGUCGCAGAGGAACCCCCGAAUAUAUCCUGCGACGAAAAUGGACGGGAAUCCCGGCCAUAACUGGCAAGGGCAAACUCAAAAUGGCGGCGCCCAUGAAGACGACCUGUCUGAAGCCCAAAAACCUGAGAACUUCCAGAAUAAUGUGAACGUUGUCACAAAAGAACAAUUUGAAGCCGGCCAACGCGAAGAAGACGUAGGUAGAAUAAUUCUCGUCAUUCAAGAUGGCGGUACUAACCCCGUCUCGGCUAACUGGCAGCCCACCACCGAAACGAACACAAAUGAAAACAAUAAUCGCGAAAGAACGGUGGAAAACGUAGUUUCGUCAAAUUUUGUUGAACAGGAAACUCAUUUAUGGCCAGCCGACAGAGAACGCUCUGUAAGUCUCGACAAAAGCUGCGAUGUGCAAGAUGGCGGAGUGAAAAUGGGUCAUCUAUCACCGGGGUCACUUGAACCCGGAAGUAAGAAAUCUUCGGCUCUCAGUCUCAGGCUACAAGUGCGGGAAGAUGCAAUAAACAUCUUAGAUGACUUGAACAGAGACAACCAAACCCCCAGUCAGGUUGGUGGAAAUCCUAAACUAGACAAAGAUUUUGAUAUAAAUACAUGUACAUUUAUUGAAGGCAAUUUGGGAAAAGAUAAAAGUAACACGCUGAUGACCCCACAUGAAUUGGAAAGUAUGCCGGAAGAAGGAAUGGAGUUUGAAGAAUCCGUUGGACCAAAACAUAGUGGCAUAUCAUCAAGUUUGGGUGAUAGUGUAUGCACUACAUUUGCCGAUAUCAUGAACGCUGCAGGUAGUGAGCAUUUUGCUGAACAAGACCUGGCUGAAACUUUAGAAGCAGUUGCCCACCAGGCUGGAGAUGGAGACUUGUCUGAAGCAAGUGCUCCAACACACACUGGGCCAAUUUACAUAGUUACAAACACAUCCAAAGAAUCAGGCACAAUGCAGAAAAUAGUAACUAUCAACUCUGCUGAUUCUAGACUUCUUGGCCAAUCCGGCAUAUUUACAAUAGGUGGGCGCACUCUGCCAAUCUCCACAGUAACAACAUCAGUGGUGGACAGUCAGUCGGAUGGAAAUACUAGCCGUAUUCUGUCCGCUGGAAAUGAUGGUCUCAUUAUUGUGAAUGAUGCUGCAUCAUUAACUCAGUCCACUGCUAUUAUUAGUGAAAGUGUCAAGUCUCCUGCAGGUGACCCAAUUGCACAUGAGAAUCAGGUGAAUGAUAAUGAAGAAAAUGAAUUACCAGAUACCGAGGAAAUGACCGAUGACGAGGAGGAUGAUGCUAGUCCCGGGAAGGUGUACGCCUGUCCAGAGGGUGGUUGUGGAAAGAAACUUGCUUCAAAAGCAAAACUUAAACUGCAUGUUUCGUCUCACACCGGGGAAGCCAGGCCUUUCAAGUGUGAUUAUGAAAGUUGUGAAUGGGCUUUCACUACAUCUUACAAGUUAAAAAGACAUUAUGCCAAACACACUGGAGCUAAACCAUUCAAGUGUCCAUAUGCACAUUGUGGAAAGUAUUACACAACUGUGUACAACUUAAAAAGCCAUAUGAAGAUUCAUACCAGGCUCUCUUCUCUACACUCCUGUGAUGUACCUGGCUGUGGUGAAACCUUUGCAACAAGACGGAAAUUAGAAACGCACAAAAGAAAGCAUUUUGACAGUAAGAAAUUCCUUUGCUCUCAUCCUGGGUGUAGUAAAGCAUUUUCCACAUCCAGUGCCUUGGGAUCACAUGUCCGUAGUCAUCAGAGAGAAGAACAAAUUUAUCCUUGUAAUUUUGAAGGAUGUGAUAAAAAGUUUGACAAACCAUGUCGACUUAAACUUCAUCUGCGAUCUCAUACUGGAGAAAGACCUUAUGUUUGCCCGUAUGAGGGGUGCGGUUGGGCAUUUGUGUGUUUACAGAAAUUAACAAGGCAUCAAAGAAGACACACAGGGGAGAAAAAAUAUGAAUGCCCUGAAGAGGGAUGUGGAAAAUCCUUUACCAGAGCUGAACACUUGAAAGGUCAUCUCAUUACACAUACUGGUGAAAAACCAUUUGAAUGUGCUGUUUGUCAAACCAGGUUUUCAGCUCGCAGUAGCUUGUAUGUACAUAUGAAAAAGCACAAUACCAGUGAGGAAGAAAAAGAGAAAGAAAAAGUCUGGUACAACUGCCCUAUUGAUUCAUGUGAUAAAGUUUAUGCUAGUAAAACUAGUUUGAAAAAUCACAUCAGUAGAUUGCAUAAUACAGUUGCUUUUUCAGAAGAAAACAACCAGUUUGGUUUCAUCUACAUUACUCCAGAAGAUUUGUCUGGUGCCACUCUCGAAAAUCUAGGAGCUACUGAGACAGGUGCAACGGUUGUACGCAUCUCGGCCAUUGAGGAAACCAGAAAUGCUGCCAAUUUUGAAUUAACACCCCAUGCCACGGAAACCAAUACUGAAGCAGUGUAUCAACAAGAUGGUCAGUUUGACAAUUCAAAUAUUGAACAUAAUUCUGAGACUUACUUAGCUAGUGCCGAGGUAGAGCGGCAGAUUGCCACUGCUAGUUUACAAUCUGAAGUGAUGUCCCAGCAUGUGGGUAAUAAUGUGGUGACACAGUUCGUCGUAAAUGCAGACGUUGAUGUGAAUAAUGCCACCACUGAAGAGCAGGCUGUGGAAACCACAGUACCUUCAUCCAGUCCACUAGAAUACACUACCAGGGUAUUUCAAGCAAACAAUAGCGGUUCAGCCAGAACUGAUUUCAGUGCAAUCCAGGGAAUUUUACAGAGGCCAAUAAAAAGAAGACGCAUGUUUCAGAACACUGGUGAUAGUGAUCUAGAUGAAACUGUUGUAGAAACUGAUUGCAUCACUACCAUCAGUCGGGAGAUUGAUGACCCAGUCGCUACGGCAACAUUCACUACUGCUGGUGUUGUUAUGACAUCAAGUGCAAUAACAUUAAGAGACCCUGCCACUGGUUCACACUAUGUGCAAACCCAACUACUACAGGAUGACCCACCAUCAGACCAUGAAAUUGCAUUCCAUCCAGAGAUAUCAUUGACUGCUUCUACGAAUUCUGACCAUUCCAGCAUUAGCAGUGAGCUUCCUGUGUCAAUUCUUCAGGAGACGCCUAGUAACCAUGGUGAUGAUGCGAGUGAAGAUUUUCUGGAAUCUCACAGCAACUCUGGCAGUACUGUUCCGUCGUUCACUGAAAGCACAAUCAAUCUACAAGAUUUGGAAUAGACCCGCAUAUAUGAUUUACACUGUACUUAUUGUCAGUCUGCUUGUGAUUGCAUUACCUGAAUGCUUUUUUCCUGCCCACCAUCUGUGACAUUACAGUCAAUAUACUGGUGAUCUUGUGUGUUUAGGGUGAUUUCUUUUUGAAAAUAUUCAUGAGAAUUGUGACCUUAUUGCUUUAUAAUCAGAUGGUAAGUUCAACAGCAAGAUAUUGAACAUAAAGCCCAUCAGUGUAUUUAUACUAAAAAUCUAGAAGUAUAGCCAGCAAACAAUCUUCACGUUUCUUUUUGUUUAACUAUAAAUACUGUUUAUGCUUGAAAUAAAUUAUGUAAACAAUUUA